UUUUUCCGCCCAAACUAAUUGACUUCGUCUUGUCUCAUAAUCACCUGAAUGAACACGGCUGCGUGGUUUUGCGAAGCUAUAUUGGCAGCAAAGAGUUGCUGGCAGAAAAAAAUAGGAGUUCAAAAUUGAGACAUAUAAUAAGGUGCGGUGUCUUCAAACCAGCUUGAACCUUUGAUUUCGAGAGGGAACUGGGCAGAAGUUUGUAACCUCACAGUUAGAAACAGAAGAGGAUGGAAUAUGAGAACCAGACUGAAAGCCAGGCCUUUGAAUGUAAAAAUAGACAAAUUGAGACAUUUAGUUUGAGCUGUGACUCUGGAAGCAUGCCAGAGAAAGACUUUAGGUUUUCCCGAACAGUGUUUUGUGAAAGCUCAGAUGGGGAGCCAGUUAAUUCUGAUCUGCGAGACCCGUUUUCUAAUAUAAAAAUAGAAAUCAUUAAUGUCCCGCCGCCAAGCAGCAAAAGGCAGCUUGACGAUUCCUUUCUGGAGGAAUCUUUUAAGACUCCUUUAAAGAAACAUUUUAUUUUAUCCCCCUUUUUUAGCACCCCAGAUGAACACCCUGCUAGCUCUCCUGGUUUAGCAUGUGUCCUCGACCCCUGUGAUUCUUUGCCCGUGGGUCACACCUUUAAAUCCCCAUCUGGCUCAGCUCAGCAGAAAAGGAAAAGAUCAUGUGAUGAAAAUUUUACAUGUAUAGGUAGCAAGAGCAGCAACUUGAUAUGUGUUGUAGAUCCAGGUGCUGGUCUUCUGAAAAGGCUUGGCUCCACCCAGGGUGGGGAGUCGGAGCCCAGUUCUAGCCGCGAUGCUCGGUCAAAGAAAAGUUUCUGCCCUAUUUCAGUGCAGUCUGAGAAGAACCAUUGUGGUGAACAAUCUCAGAUUGUGUCUAAAGAACCAGAAUUUGACUUUGAUAUUGACGAACUUCUGUCCCUAAGCCCGAUUGAGUGUCGCAGCCCAUACCAAGGGAUUGAAGAAUUCAUUGAAAACUGUCACAGUUUUUAUGAAGAGGGGAGUAGUGGUAAACUAGGUGGUGAAGACCUAGAAUCAUCUAGGGUAAGCUUUACCAAGAAAGAGGCACAGCAGAUAGACGGGUCAAAGCAAUGUCCCGAUAGAGGCUAUUUUUCAAAAUCCUACCAUGAAGAUUUGGAGCAAUACGUUGGAAAUAUCAGCGAUGAUCUUAAGAAUCAUCCACUUGCCCCCCUGCAUCUAACGUCCUCUUCAAGCCCUAUAAAGCUGGAAACCACGAAAGUGGACUUUGAAAAACCACGUGUUUCAGCUGGUGUCAGACAUGGUGACGAGAUCCAAGUAAAUAUACAAAGUGCACCGUCUGUGAACGCUUUUCAAAAUGAAGUUUCGGUAAGAUCAGUGGUUGUGUUUCCACAAAAAAGAAAAGAAGCCUAUGCUAAAAAGGCUGGGAAAAAAGAAGAUAAAGUGGGGAUCAUUAAUCCAUUUUCUAGAAAAGAAAGGGAGGUAAUGUUUAAAGACACAGAGCUGGAACGGCGGAAGGAAAUGUACCUGCAGUGUGUAUCGGGCCACAUUACAGAUCAUGAUGAACAGAACCAAGGUGUGAUGAAUGAGUUGCUAAGCUUGAUGAACACAGUGGCUAGGCAGGAGGGUAGAAUAACUGACAGGCAGUGGCAGCAUCCCUCAGAUCUUACAUCAAGAAACUACUCCAGUGGCGCUGACAAGCUAGCUAAUAAGAUCAGUCUCCAGGACUGGCAAAGCAAGAACAGGAAAUACUUUCGGCGGUUUGCGUCCAUUCCAGACAAGUUUCAACGUAGCCAAGUCCCUCAAACGGCGGCACUUUGAAUCACCUCUGUGUUUUGGUGUAUGGAUGGUUUUAUUUUAUUUUUUUAUAUAUAAAUGUAAUUUAACUUUAAAUGUUAUAAGUUUUGUAUAAUUUUAUUUUUGAUGUCCGAUAAAUGAAAAUCACAGUUCUUCAGUCCUGACGAUAGAGAAGGACCCACCAUUAUUAAAGCAAAAUGACUGCUUCUGUUCAAAGUAGACUUUAACAUGAAAGUAUAAUGCCUGUGGUACUAGGGGCAUUUUCACCAGCUGGGUAAGGAACCUUUAGUUAAAGGAUGUGAUACAUGUAUAGGUUUGCAAACUUUUAGUACUUUUGAAAGUCAGCUAUUCAAUAAGGUAAUGUACUGCAUGAGCUAACGUUUUAAAUUGUUCAAUUAUUUUGAUAUGGUAUUAACUGUGAGGAUGUUCUUCCUCCCUGAUUUUGAAGAUCAUUCAUUCAUUCAUUCAUUCAUUCAUUCAAGUUUGAAGUUGAAGCUAUGCAUAAGGACUUGCAUUUAUUCUCUCUUGUUAAUGAUAUUGCGAGGUUUUUAUUGUAGGUAAACACAUGCUAUGUAGUCCACGUCAUUACUGAUACGCCUGUCAUUUGAAUGAUGUUCAAAGACCCCAAAUGAUACAUUUGAUUUACGAAACUCAUGACCUUCAAAAGUUUAGAUGACUUUUCUAUUUUCUAGGCCAAUGUAAAUGAAUGUACAGAGCUAUUCAGCUUGUUUUUUCAUCAAUCAAAGCACUUAUUUUUAUUGUGGACCAAAUUGUUCCGGUUUUUGUUUUUCACUUGUUAAAUUGUAAAGUAAGAAUAGCAUAAUUACAGACAUGUGCACUUAAAAUAUUGUGUUUUUCUUUUAAGCUGCUAAGUAAAAAGCACUAAUUAAAAACUCUUGAAACUA